AUGUCCACCCCAGAUAUUCCUCCCUCGUUCCUCCAAAACCCCCCUCCAAACGCAACCAUCCACCCCCUCGACUUUACAAAAACCACACCCCCAAUCCCCGCCUACAAAGACCACUUUGCCGCCGUCAUCGACAAUUUCAUGACCCCCACCGAAUGCACAGAACUCCUCCGAUUAGCCGGUGAAUCCGCCCACCCCCCGCCAACAACAACCACUCCUUCUCCAAACGAUCCACCCCCCGAACCAACCUGGCAACGCGCCCUCGUCAACGCCGGCUCAGGAACCGAAGUAGCCUCCUCCAGCCGCAAAAGCGGCCGGUACAUAUGGGACUCUCCCGAACUCGCAUCCCGGCUCUUAUCCCGUCUAACACCCUUCCUGACAUCCUUCGGCCUGCACCGAAUCGAGAAUCAGCCGCUUGUUACGGGGUUAGGACCCGCGAAGCGCGGGGAGGUAUUCGUGUUGGCGGGGUUGAAUGAGCGAAUUCGGUUUUUGAGAUAUGAAGGUGGUGAUUAUUUCAGGCCGCAUUGGGAUGGAUGUUAUGUUGAUGAUGGGAAAGGGACGGCGGUUAGUAGGAGGAGUCUUUUUACGGUGCAUUUGUAUUUGAAUGGGGAGGGGGAACAGGAUUGGGAGGUUUUGGGACCGGAGGUUGAGAGGGUUAGUAGGGGGAUGUAUCUUUUUGAAGGGGAGGAUGGGUUUGUGGAUUUGAGGGAGGUUGGUAAAGAAGAUGGGAAGGAGGGUGAAGAGUCAAGAGGUGGUGAUGGAAAUGAUCGGUCGCAAGAGACGUUACUCGGUGGUGCAACCUCGUUUGGAGAUGACUAUCGAAUGCGAGACUCAGUGCGAGUCUUUCCCAAGACGGGCUCGCUGUUGAUUUUUCAACAGAGGAAUCUGAUGCAUAGUGGAGACGAUGUCUUUCGGGGGGUCAAGUAUACGGUUCGGACGGAUGUGAUCAGUUCAAAAUCCCCCGAUGAUGAGCAAUCCGAGUUUCGGAGUCAAAAUCAAUCAUCAAAGAUAACCUUAACUAAUUUCGGCCUGGCUAAAGGCCGAGCUCUCAACGUCAUCUUCUUAUCCUCUAUAAAAACUCCCUGGACCAUACCUCUCGGCUGGUCACAGAGCAUUCAAUCAGAUACUCAACCACGAUACCAGUCUAUCAAACUACCAUACCAUCCACAUCAACCACAUCCUCCAAUUAAUCUUGAACCCUCCUUCAUCUACAAUCACCACCACAAUGCCAACAAACAACCUCGCCUUUACAUCCCCCGUCAACCCCCCGAACACACCCACCCCCUAACCGCCUCCCAAAUCUGGAAGGGCCUCCUCCUAAAAUCCCGCUCCGCCGAGACCUUCGUGUCCGCCGCAAUCCAAUCCACCACCGUGCUGAGCGACAGCAUCGACCCGGCCACAGGCAACCAAGUCAUCAUCCGCGACGUGCUCUUCCGCGAGUCGCAGAAACUGGUCAAAGAAGUGGUGACCGCGUUCGAGCCUACUCGGGUGGAAUUUGAGCAGCCGGAUGGGAGUCGGGUUAGUAAUGUUAUUAGUGUGGGUGCGGAGGGGGAGUUGUAUUUGACGUAUAUUUUUGAGUGGAGACAUCCUGAGUUUGAUGGGGAGGGUAAAGAGAAGAGCGAAGAGUGGGAGAGGGUGAAGGAGAAGGAGAGGGGAAUGGGUCAGUCCGCUGUUGAAGGGAGUAUAAAGGUGUUGAGGAGGCUUGCUGAGGAGGGUGCGAUUUAA